UCACUCUUUUUUUUUUUUUAACCCUUCUGCGUUUUUUUUUUUUUUUUUAAAGAAUGCAUUGAAAUGGUAGUCAGAGAGGUGAUGGUGCUGUCUGUGUAGAUUUAAGGAUGUAGAGAUGUGGCCACGUAGAAGAGAGACUUAAGAAAAAUGAGAGGAGGUCUGUGUUGAGAGGAGGCAAAGAAAUCAAGGCUUAAUAGCAAGUGAAAAUGGGGAGAACAUUGUGGGUGAGAAAAUACUUAGCAAUUUUAGUAUUAGUACCAAGAGGAGAAAGAGAAAGGGGAAAAAACAUACCAACCAAUAGACUUGAUGAUCUGUUAUGGCUUCUGUUUUUUUUCUUUUUAUAAUCAGAAAUUCUAUCUAGUGUGUUUUUUAUGUUCUCUGUGUUCUGUAGAGAUUAUUUUUCAUGAUGAGUUAUGCUAUCCUGCUAGCUACUGUUGCUUUUCAAAGGAGAGAUGGUAGGUUGUGCUGUUUUUCUUGCCAGUUGUUGAUGCAAAAAUGAAAUAAGGGUAGAAACCUUCUGAACUGUGUAGUAAUGGUGCAGGUUUUGAAAAGUAUAUCUUGUUCGAAUUCUUACCUAGGGAUGUAGUAGAGCCAGAAAGUUUUCUGUGAACUACCAUACUGAGAAAGCCAAAAGUGAGGCAGGAUCUGUCAGUUGUCUGCUGCUGCUAGCCCAAGCCUCAUCUUGUCUUUUUCACUUUCAGCUGCUUUGAAAGAAAAAAAACCAAACAACUGUGGUACAAAAGAUAUGCUUUACAGUCUACUCCCCCUUGUGUUCUUUUCCUUGGGAGGACCAAAUAUUCCUUAUCCUGCUGUCAUUUGAGCAUCUUGCUUGCUCUCAAGGACUGGUCUGCAUCUGUGAUUGCUUUGUCUAGCUUCUGCUUUCUUUCAGUCUAUUAGUAGGAAGAACUUUUUUUCCCUUGGCUUUAUUUUUGUUUCUGAUUCAGCAAAGCUGUGGAAAACUAGUUGUGGAGUAUUCAGAGAUGGCUUUUUGCCAUUGUGAUUCUUGGUACUAGGAAUAAAAGUGACCACUUAAAACUUUAUUUCUUCGUUGUUGUUUAAGAAAUAGGUUUGCUAGUAGAGAAAGAGAAUGUGUUUUUGAAUUUAAAAACAAAUGAGUUUGUUCUUGUGAUUAUAAAAUGACUCUUUUGCCUCAAUACCUGCUGCAGAAGCUUCAUGCGUGAACAACAGAAAAAAUACCUAGUGGAAAUUCUUUGAAAUAUUAAGUGAAGGUAGUUGUAUACCUGAGGUCGUCUGCGCUUGUAUCUUCUGAUACCAUGUCUUGUCAUUAGGACUACCAGAAAACUGCCUGUUUUGGUUCCACAGUUCAGUUCUGUUUAAAAAUCAGGUAAAUUGUACUGGUGAAAAAAGUGUUUUUUCUCUCUUCAUUUAACAGGAAGAUUUAAAAUGUGUGGCAGAAAACAGCUCUGGUUUUCUCCAGAAUUCUUUUUCUCUAUGCCAUGCUGCUUUCCUGGUUAUUGUUUUGUUGUUUGUUUGUUUCCUUGCUUAAUGCAAACAAUUGCUUUUUUUUGGUCCAUCCAUAUACCUUUAGUUGUUUUACAGCUCUUAAAAUAUUUUCAAAUAUAGUAAAAAAGCAACCCAAGUCCUCUAUUCAAAUCAAGGGAAACACCACCUUGCUUUUUAUCACUUCUGAUAUCAUUGAAGUUCUCUAAUUUGAAGCAUGCUUUGUAUAUUUGUAAGUGCUGUUUAUUUGUAAAGGUUGUUUUUCCUUUUGCAGAUACGAUCUUUAAUUUUGCUUUUGGAAGUUCCAUUGAAAAGAAACGUUGAAGGUUGCAAGAAAAGUCCAAGAUGUGCAGUUCAGUUGCUCCCAGAUUGUGGUUCUUAACAGACCGUCGCAUCAGAGAAGAUUACCCUCAGCAGGAGAUCCUGAGAGCAUUGAAGGCCAAGUGCUGUGAAGAAGAGCUGGAUUUCCGGGCCUUGCUGAUGGAUGAAGUGGUGCUUACAGUCGAGGAUGGAAAUCUUGGUCUUCGGGUGAAUGGGGAGCUUAUUACUGCUUACCCCCAGGUGGUUGUCGUCCGGGUACCAACACCUUGGGUCCAAAGUGACAGUGAUAUCACAGUCCUUCGCCAUCUAGAGAAGAUGGGCUGUCGAUUAAUGAAUCGUCCCCAGGCCAUCCUCAACUGUGUCAAUAAGUUCUGGACGUUUCAAGAACUCGCUGGUCAUGGUGUGCCCCUGCCAGACACCUUUUCGUAUGGUGGUCAUGAGAAUUUUGCCAAAAUGAUUGAUGAGGCAGAAGUGCUGGAGUUCCCUAUGGUGGUGAAGAACACGCGGGGUCACCGAGGCAAAGCUGUGUUCCUGGCACGAGACAAACACCAUCUGGCAGACCUGAGCCAUUUGAUCCGUCACGACGCCCCGUACUUAUUUCAAAAAUAUGUUAAAGAGUCCCAUGGCAAGGAUGUACGUGUCAUCGUAGUAGGAGGCCGUGUGGUGGGCACCAUGCUUCGUUGCUCUACAGAUGGGAGAAUGCAGAGUAACUGCUCACUUGGUGGUGUAGGGAUGAUGUGCUCACUGAGUGAACAAGGCAAGCAACUGGCAAUCCAGGUGUCCAACAUCCUGGGGAUGGACGUGUGUGGCAUUGACCUACUGAUGAAGGACGACGGUUCAUUCUACGUCUGUGAGGCCAAUGCAAAUGUAGGUUUCAUUGCCUUUGACAAGGCUUGUAAUCUAGAUGUAGCUGGUAUCAUAGCGGACUAUGCCACUUCUCUCCUAACCCCCGGUCGCUUGACGCGGCGCAUGUCCUUACUCUCUGUGGUGUCCACGGCAAGCGAGACUAGCGAGCCAGAGCUGGGCCCUCCAGCUAGUGCCGUUGUCGACAAUAUGAGUGCUAGCUCCAGCUCUGUCGACAGCGACCCUGAGACCACGGAGAGAGAGUUGCUCACCAAGCUCCCGGGGGCUCUAUUCAACAUGAACCAGCUAUUAGCCAAUGAGAUCAAACUUCUUGUGGAGUGAUGCCACAUGUAAAUAGAUGACCAACAGAACUCUCUUGUAAAAUUUUCUUUGAAACCAACUUGCAGUGCUGUUUAUUAGAGGAACUCAGAGAAAUGAGGAAAGGAGAAUCUGUCAAGAAAGCAAAAUUAAAAGGCACGUGUUCUGUGACAGCUGCCUCUAUUUUUUUGCAGAACAUAAUAUUGUGAUAAUUCUUCAGCACUAUUGUUGUAAUGAAGAUGUUUAAUUUACAGCCUAAGCGGGAGUUUUAUUUGGAUGCUGCUUUGGUUCUGCAACAUAUUGCAGUGCAUGGGUGUUCACAGGAAAGCAUUGAAAUAUGAUUAACUGGAAGAUUUUCAGAAAGUUCUGGCAGCUCUCUAGAAACUUUUAUGAAUUAAUGCAGCAGUUAACUCUUGUGCUCUCUAAGGCUUGAUCUUGUAAAUUGCUGACUGCCUUUAAUUGUCAGUGAGAGUUGAAGGUGUUAAAUGCCAGGUAUUUAAAACUCCUGGAUGCUUACUGUUCCCACUCUUGUGGUAAAUUCAGCAUAGUUUUGAAAUCAUCUCUUUCAGACCUUUCAGGAUGUGGCCCUUCAAAUAUUGAGACAGAGAGGAUAUAUGAGCUUCUGCACAAAUCUCAAAUUGGUGCCAUCUUGAUAUUAACAGGCAGAUUUGUGUCUGUUUUUCUUUAUAAGGCAUUUGAAAGAGGAUUUCUAGUACCUCAGAUUUUUUCACUUCAAAUCCUGAGUUUGGGAGGUAUGCAGGGGAAUGGGUCAUAUUAUAUUGUGGUAGAACUGGCACAUUUUAACUAUUUUUUGCAUGAUUGGAGGAGUUAAACAGCACUGUAAUGUUUGGUAUACAAAAUAAUGUUUAAUCCAAUGUGAAAAGAAAUUACACUAGUUUAAAAAAAAAAUGUGCAUUGGCUUGUAUUUGUUAGUGUUUUAGUCAUUUUGAGAGAGAUCUGCAAUGUUAAUGUUCCUUUUUUUUUUAAUACAUGCUAGUCCAACACUCCCUUCUCUAUGCCUGCAUCUAUAACAGUGGCCAAAGUGAAAACACUGCAGACUACUUGCUAAGAAAACACUGAGUUAAAGUCUGUACUAUGUUUUUUUGUUUGUUUUGGUGUUUUUUGUUUUUUGUUUUUUUUUUUUUAGUGGGAGGGGUAUUUUUGCUUUUUAUGGGGGAGAAAUGUGAUAAGGUGUGGAGAAGUGAAAAGUUGGUGAAAAGUGAUUAGAAAUCUAGAGGUACAUUAGAAUAAAGUUGCAGUUCAUACAAUACUUAGAAGGCUUACUUUUUCCCAUUGAGAAUAUUUAAAAGCUGAUGUUGUCAGAAAUCCAAAGUGCAUAACUGAGAAGUUCUCAAUUCUUCGGCAAACAUGCAGCAAAUUAAAUUUUAAAAAAGAAAAAAAAAAGGAAAAAAAAAAAGGGAAGAGAGCUCAGCCA